UCUGUGGUGGCGGCGUUCCGGCAGGAACUGGGGGUUCUUGUGGACGUCACCAACGACGGACAAACGCUGCCACAUCUUCCCGUGAUAACAGGUGCCCAGAAAACCAAGUACAACUACGGUGAGAUCCUGAUGAAGUCCAUCUUGUUCUACGAGGCUCAGAGAUCUGGGAAACUCCCUGACAACAGGAUCCCCUGGAGGGACUCCGCCCUUGACGACAAAGGGGCCAACGGGGAAGACCACGGGGGAUGGUAUGAUGCUGGCGAUAACGUCAAAUUCAACUUCCCCAUGGCGUUCAGCACGACCCUCCUGACGUGGAGUCUCAUCAGGUACAAGGACGCCUACGAGAAGACGGGUCAACUGGACAAGAUGUAUGAAUGCAUCAAGUGGCCUCUGGACUACUUCAUCAAGUGCCACACCAAGCCUAACGAACUCUACGCACAGGUUGGAAACGGCGGGUCAGACCAUGGAACAUGGACCAGUCCCGAGCGCAUGACAGAACCGAGACCAGCCUACAAAAUCGACGCCUCCAAGCCUGGAUCCGACCUCGCAAUGGAGACAGCUGCUGCCAUGGCCGCCGGUUCCAUUGCCUUCAAGAAGAAAGACCCUGCCUACUCGGCCACCCUGCUGAAACACGCCCAGCAGCUGUUUGAGUUCGCCAAAGCUCACCAGGGCAAGUACAGUGCCAGCGUCUCAGCGGCUGCCGGCUUUUACACCUCCCAGUCAGAUGCUGACGAGAACAGCUGGGGCGGGAUGUGGCUGCACAAGGCCACAGGGGACAAGCAGUAUCUGGACUACGCCGAGCAACACUUCCUGAACAAGUCCGCUUGGGGCUUCUCCUGGGACGAGAAGAUAGAUGGCGCUAACGUACUGAUGUACGAGGCGACAAAGAAAGACCUGUACAAGAGUCACAUAGAAGACACAUUCAAGAUGUGGUUUCCUGGGGGCAAGGAGAUCGUGUAUAGCCCCAAGUGCAUGGCGUUCAGACUGGAGUGGGGGGCACUUCGGUAUGCCUCUAACACCGCCUUCAUCGCACUGGUCGCCGCUGAUGACGGCAUCAACACCGAGUUGUACCGGAAGUGGGCGAUGACACAGCUCCACUACGUCUACGGCGACACUGGAAGAAGCUACAUUGUGGGCUACGGAGUGAACCCUCCAAAGAAUCCACAUCAUAGGGCCAGCUCAUGCCCUAUGCUGCCGGCCCCGUGCACCUGGGAGUCUCAGACCAACAAGGGGCCCAAUCCCCACACGCUGUACGGCGCCAUGGUGGGCGGCCCCGGCAAAGACGACAGCUACACCGACGACAGAAAAGACUACGUCAAAAACGAGGUGGCUUGCGACUACAACGCCGGCAUGCACGCCUCGACAGCAGCGUUGGAGCAUUUGUCCCUGGUUCAUCAGCUCCCUACAACGUACAGGGAAAUAUGUCCGUGAGACCAGCAGCUCCUGUUACCGUAUACUUCGUAAUUAAAUGAUAAGACAAACGCA